AUGGUCAAAGACUGGACCCUAGUGCACGAUGAGAUUUGCAGGCUCUACUACCAGGACAACAGGCCUCUUGCCGAGGUUAGGCGCCUAGUCAAGGGUAAAUUUGGGGUUAUUGCAUCCGAGAGAUCAUAUCGAACCCAGCUGGUGAAAUGGGGCUACACAAAGUACAACACCCAGGCCUCCCUAAAGCUAGAUAGGGCUCCGCGUUCCGUCUAG